GGCACUCGAAUAGUUGGGAGGGGAGGGCUUUUUUGUCAAUAAAUUCUCUUCUUUUUUUCUUCAACAAGAGAAAUUCUCUUCGAUGUAAAUAAGCAAAGGGUUCAUAUUCCUCAAGGAAUUAGAAGAAUAUUUUAACGGGCUCUCAAGAUGUCGACAUCUGCGAUAUAUAUUUUAGAUGUGAAGGGGAAGGUUUUGAUCUCACGGAAUUAUCGUGGAGACAUAGAAACAGGUGUCAUAGAAAAGUUCAUGCCCCUUGUAAUGGAGCGUGAGGAGGAAGGCAAUCUUACUCCGAUCAUUCAAACUGCUGAAUGUACAUACGCGUAUAUAAAGUACAAUAAUUUGUAUAUCGUGUCAACUACAAAAAAGAAUGCCAAUAUUUCACUAGUAUUUGUGUUCUUGCAUAAACUGGUGCAAGUCAUGCAAGAAUAUUUCAAGGAAUUGGAAGAAGAGAGCAUACGAGACAACUUUGUUGUAAUUUAUGAGCUCUUGGACGAAUUAAUUGACUUUGGAUAUCCACAAACCACAGACAGUAAGAUCUUACAAGAGUAUAUUACCCAAGAAGGGCAUAAACUUGAAAUUCAACCACGCAUUCCUAUGGCUGUGACUAAUGCGGUAUCUUGGAGGUCAGAGGGCAUCAAAUACCGUAAAAAUGAAGUUUUUCUCGAUGUUAUUGAAUCUGUGAAUCUUCUUGCAAAUGCCAAUGGAAAUGUUUUGAGCUCUGAAAUUGUGGGUGCCAUAAAAAUGAGAGUUUAUCUGUCUGGAAUGCCAGAACUGAGACUUGGCCUAAAUGAUAAAGUUCUGUUCGAGUCUACAGGACGUGGAAAGUCCAAGUCUGUGGAAUUGGAAGAUGUGAAAUUCCAUCAGUGUGUUAGAUUAUCCAGAUUUGAAAAUGACAGAACAAUUUCCUUUAUUCCUCCUGAUGGAGAGUUUGAACUAAUGUCGUAUAGACUAAAUACACACGUGAAACCUCUGAUAUGGAUUGAAUCUGUAAUCGAAAGACAUGCUCACAGCAGAGUAGAGUACAUGAUAAAAGCAAGAUCACAAUUUAAGAGGCGUUCUACGGCCAACAACGUAGAAAUAGUGAUUCCAGUACCCAAUGAUGCAGACUCUCCCAAGUUUAAGACCACUAUUGGAAGUGUCAAAUAUUCACCAGAACAGAGUGCAAUAACAUGGUUUAUUAAAUCAUUCCCUGGAGGAAAGGAAUAUCUGAUGAGGGCACACUUUGGUUUACCAUCUGUAGUUGGAGAGGAUGUGGAAGGAAAGCCACCAAUUCAAGUUAAGUUUGAGAUCCCUUAUUUCACUACAUCAGGAAUUCAAGUCCGUUAUUUAAAAAUUAUCGAAAAGAGUGGAUAUCAGGCACUACCAUGGGUGAGAUACAUUACACAGAAUGGAGACUAUCAAUUGAGGACAAAUUAGACAUAAAAAAAUUAGU